AGCCGGGGUCAGAGUUGUGCAGGUUCCGGAGGCUCCAAGUCCCCAUCUGCUUGCCCUAAUUGAGCAUCUGUGGUCACUGAGUCAACAUGGCACAGAAAAGCCAGCUCAGCGACGAUGAGAAAUUCCUCUUUGUGGACAAAAACUUCAUCAACAGCCCAAUGGCCCAGGCGGACUGGUCGGCCAAAAAGCUAGUCUGGGUCCCUUCUGAGAAGCAGGGCUUUGAGGCUGCGAGCGUCAAGGAAGAGAAGGGGGAUGAGGUGGUCGUGGAGCUGGCAGAAAAUGGCAAGAAAAUCACCGUGAACAAAGAUGACAUCCAAAAAAUGAAUCCCCCCAAGUUCUCCAAAGUGGAAGACAUGGCAGAGCUGACGUGCCUCAAUGAAGCGUCUGUGUUACACAACCUGAGGGAGAGAUACUUCUCAGGACUGAUUUACACUUAUUCGGGACUGUUCUGCGUCGUGGUCAAUCCCUACAAAUACCUGCCCAUCUAUUCAGAGAAGAUUAUCGACAUGUACAAAGGAAAGAAGAGACACGAAAUGCCGCCCCACAUCUACGCAAUUGCGGACACGGCCUACCGGAGCAUGCUGCAAGACCGCGAGGACCAGUCCAUCCUGUGCACAGGGGAAUCUGGUGCAGGGAAAACAGAAAACACCAAGAAGGUUAUCCAGUAUCUGGCUGUGGUGGCUUCCUCUCAUAAGGGGAAAAAGGACACUAGCAUCACACAAGGUCCAUCUUUUGCUUACGGUGAGUUGGAAAAGCAACUUCUUCAAGCGAACCCUAUUCUGGAAGCUUUUGGCAAUGCCAAAACCGUCAAGAAUGACAACUCCUCAAGAUUCGGUAAAUUCAUCCGCAUCAACUUUGAUGUCACUGGCUACAUCGUGGGAGCAAACAUCGAAACCUACCUGCUAGAAAAGUCACGUGCCAUUCGCCAAGCUAGAGAUGAGAGGACGUUUCACAUCUUUUAUUACAUGAUUGCCGGAGCAAAGGAUCAAAUGAAAAGUGACCUCUUGCUCGAAGGCUUCAAUAACUAUACGUUUCUGUCCAACGGCUUUGUGCCCAUCCCCGCCGCCCAAGACGAUGAGAUGUUCCAGGAGACUUUGGAGGCCAUGGGGAUUAUGGGUUUCAGUAUCGAGGAACAAACCGCCAUGUUGAAGGUUGUUUCGUCCGUCCUCCAACUUGGGAAUAUUGUCUUCAAGAAGGAAAGAAAUACAGAUCAGGCUUCCAUGCCAGAUAACACAGCUGCUCAGAAAGUGUGUCAUCUGAUGGGUAUUAAUGUGACGGAUUUCACCAGAUCAAUCCUCACACCUCGGAUUAAAGUUGGACGGGAUGUGGUUCAGAAAGCCCAGACCAAGGAACAGGCUGACUUUGCUGUAGAAGCGUUGGCCAAAGCAACGUAUGAGCGUCUCUUCCGUUGGAUUCUCACCCGGGUGAACAAGGCCCUGGAUAAAACGCACAGACAAGGAGCCUCCUUCUUGGGUAUCCUGGACAUCGCUGGAUUUGAGAUUUUUGAGGUCAACUCCUUCGAGCAGCUGUGCAUUAAUUACACGAAUGAGAAACUUCAGCAGCUUUUCAACCACACCAUGUUCAUCCUGGAGCAGGAGGAAUACCAGAGGGAGGGCAUCGAGUGGAAUUUCAUCGACUUUGGCCUCGACCUUCAACCUUGCAUCGAGCUGAUCGAAAGGCCGAACAACCCGCCGGGUGUCCUGGCCCUGUUGGAUGAGGAGUGCUGGUUCCCCAAAGCCACAGACAAGUCCUUCGUGGAGAAGCUGUGCUCAGAGCUGGCCAACAGUGCCAAGUUCCAAAAGCCCAAGCAGAUCAAGGACAAAACUGAGUUCUCCAUCAUCCACUAUGCCGGAAAGGUUGACUACAAUGCGACCGCCUGGCUGACCAAAAACAUGGACCCCCUGAACGACAACGUGACGUCUCUUCUCAACGCCUCCUCGGACAAGUUUGUGGCUGACUUGUGGAAAGAUGUGGACCGCAUUGUGGGCCUGGACCAAAUGGCCAAGAUGACCGAGAGUUCCCUGCCGAGCGCCUCCAAGACCAAGAAGGGCAUGUUCCGAACAGUGGGGCAGCUCUACAAGGAGCAGCUCGGGAAGCUGAUGACCACACUCCGGAACACCACUCCCAACUUUGUCCGCUGUAUCAUCCCCAACCAUGAGAAGAGGUCUGGGAAACUGGACGCUUUCCUCGUGCUGGAGCAACUGCGGUGCAACGGGGUGUUGGAAGGCAUCCGGAUCUGUCGCCAAGGCUUCCCCAACAGGAUCGUCUUCCAGGAGUUCCGCCAACGCUACGAGAUCCUGGCGGCGAGUGCCAUUCCUAAAGGGUUUAUGGAUGGGAAACAAGCCUGCAUCCUCAUGAUCAAAGCGCUGGAGCUUGACCCCAACUUGUACAGGAUUGGGCAGAGUAAAAUCUUCUUCAGAACCGGUGUCCUGGCACAUCUGGAAGAGGAGCGGGACUUGAAGAUCACAGAUGUCAUUAUGGCAUUCCAGGCCAUGAGUCGGGGAUACCUCGCAAGAAAAGCCUUUGCCAAGCGACAACAACAGCUGACGGCCAUGAGGGUUAUCCAAAGGAAUUGUGCCGCGUACCUCAAGUUGAGGAACUGGCAGUGGUGGAGACUGUUUACGAAAGUGAAGCCCCUGCUACAAGUCACCCGUCAAGAAGAAGAAAUGCAAGCGAAGGAUGAUGAGCUGCAGAAGACCAAGGAGAAGCAGCAGAGAGCCGAGAGCGAACUGAAGGAGUUGGAGCUGAAGCACACACAGCUGUCCGAAGAGAAGAACCUCCUCCAGGAGCAGCUGCAGGCGGAGACGGAGCUGUACGCGGAAGCGGAGGAGAUGAGGGUGCGCCUGGCUGCCAAGAAGCAGGAGCUGGAGGAGAUCCUGCACGAGAUGGAGAACAGGCUGGAGGAGGAGGAGGACCGGGGCCAGCAGCUGCAGGCCGAGAAGAAGAAGAUGGCACAGCAGAUGCUGGACCUUGAGGAACAGCUGGAAGAAGAAGAAGCCGCGAGACAAAAGCUCCAGCUAGAGAAAGUCACAGCCGAGGCCAAGAUCAAGAAAAUGGAGGACGAUAUUCUGGUCAUGGAUGACCAGAACAACAAGCUAACAAAAGAAAGAAAACUCCUUGAAGAGAGAAUCAGCGAUUUAACCACCAAUCUUGCAGAAGAGGAAGAAAAAGCCAAAAACCUUACCAAGCUGAAAAACAAACAUGAAUCUAUGAUUUCAGAACUGGAAGUCCGUCUAAAGAAAGAAGAGAAGAGCAGGCAGGAGCUGGAGAAAAUGAAGAGAAAAUUAGAGGGAGAAGCCAGCGACUUCCACGAGCAGAUCGCCGACCUUCAGGCCCAGAUUGCCGAGCUGAAGAUGCAACUUGCCAAAAAGGAGGAGGAGCUGCAGGCUGCUCUGACCAGACUCGACGAUGAAAUUGCCCAGAAGAACAACGCCCUGAAGAAGAUCCGUGAGCUGGAGGGUCUCAUCUCGGACCUCCAGGAGGACUUGGACUCUGAAAGGGCGGCCAGGAACAAAGCGGAGAAGCAGAAGAGAGACCUGGGGGAGGAGCUGGAGGCCCUUAAGACGGAGCUGGAGGACACACUGGACAGCACAGCCACGCAACAGGAACUCAGAGCCAAGAGGGAACAGGAGGUGACUGUGUUGAAGAAGGCUCUGGAUGAAGAGACCCGUACCCAUGAGGCCCAGGUUCAAGAAAUGAGGCAGAAACACACUCAGGCCGUGGAGGAGCUCACCGAACAGCUGGAGCAGUUCAAAAGGGCCAAGGCCAACUUGGACAAGAAUAAGCAGACGCUGGAGAAGGACAAUGCCGACCUGGCCAAUGAGCUCAGGUCCCUGACCCAAGUGAAGCAGGAGGUGGAGCACAAAAAGAAGAAGUUGGAAGUUCAGCUCCAGGAACUGCAGUCCAAAUACAGUGAUGGGGAGCGGGUCCGGGCGGAGCUCAACGAGAAGGUGCACAAACUCCAGAACGAAGUGGAGAGUGUCACCGGGCUGCUCAACGAGGCGGAGGGGAAGACCAUCAAAUUGGCCAAGGAUGUCGCAUCCCUGAGUUCCCAGCUGCAGGAUACCCAGGAGCUGCUCCAAGAAGAAACCCGGCAGAAGUUGAACGUAUCCACCAAGCUCCGCCAGCUAGAGGACGAGAAGAACAGCUUGCAGGAGCAGCUGGACGAGGAAGAGGAAGCCAAGCAGAAUCUGGAACGCCACCUCUCAACUCUCAACGUCCAGCUCUCCGAUUCAAAGAAGAAGCUACAGGACUUUGCCAGCACGGUGGAGAACCUGGAGGAAGGCAAGAAGAAGCUCCAAAAGGAAAUCGAAGGCCUCACCCAGCAGUUCGAGGAGAAGGCAGCGUCUUACGACAAACUGGAAAAGACCAAGAACAGGCUCCAGCAGGAGCUGGAUGACCUGGCCGUGGAUCUGGACAACCAGCGCCAACUGGUAUCCAACCUGGAGAAAAAGCAGAAGAAAUUCGACCAGUUGUUAGCCGAGGAGAAGAACAUCUCUUCCAAAUAUGCAGACGAAAGGGACAGAGCUGAGGCGGAAGCACGAGAAAAAGAAACUAAAGCUUUGUCCCUAGCCCGGGCCCUCGAGGAAGCUUUGGAAUCCAAGGAGGAACUUGAGAGAGCCAACAAGAUGUUGAAAGCAGAAAUGGAAGACCUGGUUAGCUCCAAGGAUGAUGUGGGCAAGAAUGUCCAUGAACUAGAGAAGUCCAAAAGAGCCUUGGAAACCCAGAUGGAGGAGAUGAAGACGCAACUGGAGGAGUUGGAGGACGAACUCCAGGCCACCGAGGAUGCCAAACUGCGACUGGAAGUCAACAUGCAAGCCCUGAAGGGCCAGUUUGAGAGAGACCUUCAAGCCAAGGAUGAGCAGAAUGAGGAGAAGAGAAGGCAGCUCCAGAAGCAGCUCCACGAGUUAGAGACGGAACUGGAAGACGAGCGGAAGCAGCGGGCCCUGGCAGCCGCAGCCAAGAAGAAGCUAGAAGUUGACCUCAAGGAUCUAGAGCUGCAGGCCGACUCGGCCAACAAGGGGCGGGAGGAGGCCAUCAAGCAGCUUCGCAAACUCCAGGCUCAGAUGAAGGACUACCAGAGAGAGCUGGAAGAUGCCCGGGCCUCUAGGGAAGAGAUUUUUGCCACUUCCAAGGAGAACGAGAAGAAAGCCAAGAGCUUGGAAGCAGACCUCAUGCAACUCCAAGAGGACCUGGCCGCCGCAGAGAGGGCUCGCAAGCAAGCCGACCUGGAAAAAGAGGAACUUUCUGAGGAAUUGGCCAGCAGUGUGUCCGGGAGGAACACCCUCCAGGAUGAUAAGCGUCGCCUGGAGGCCCGGAUCGCGCAACUGGAGGAGGAGCUGGAGGAGGAGCAAAGUAACACGGAGGUCAUGAGUGAUCGUGCCAGGAAAGCCACCCAGCAGUCGGAACAGCUCAGCAACGAGCUGGCUACGGAGCGCAGUGCUGCCCAGAAGAACGAGAGCGCCCGGCAGCAACUGGAGAGGCAGAACAAGGAACUCAAGAGCAAGCUGCAGGAGAUGGAGGGGACCAUCAAAUCCAAGUUCAAGGCCAACAUCGCUGCCUUGGAGGCCAAGAUCGCCCAGCUAGAGGAGCAAGUGGAACAGGAAGCCAGAGAGAAACAGGCAGCAGCCAAGUCAUUGAAACAAAAGGACAAGAAACUGAAGGAGGUUCUGUUGCAAGUGGAAGACGAAAGGAAGCAGGCAGAGCAAUACAGAGAACAGGCCGAGAAGGGCAACACCAGGGUCAAGCAGCUCAAGAGGCAACUGGAAGAGGCGGAGGAGGAGUCCCAGCGCAUCAAUGCCAACCGCAGGAAGCUCCAGCGGGAGCUGGAUGAAGCCACCGAGAGCAAUGAGGCCAUGGGCCGGGAAGUGACCGCCCUCAAGAGCAAACUGAGGCGAGGGAAUGAUACAUCUUUCGCUCCUGCUCGAAGAUCCGGAGGUCGCAGAAUAAUUGAAAACGCAGAAGGCUCAGAUGAGGAAGCCAAUGCGAGAGAUGCAGAUUUCAAUGGAACCAAAGCCAGUGAAUAAACAACCUGCUUGCGUACCUCACUGCACCAAGAAAUUCCCAAAGGACAAUAUUUAGCACUGUAUAAUUUAACUUCCGAUUCUCAUACCACCAACAACACCCAACACCCUUACCAGACAGAUCACAACCCAGGUCAUAAACUGAUGUGUUCCACUGAUGUCCUAAAAGAAAAGCAUUCCUGGGAAAAUGUGGUGUUUUGGUUUGGGGGUUUUUUUUUGUUUGUUUUGGUUUUUUUUUUUUUGGAAGUGUGCAAUGAUGUGAGUUUUUAGAAAGCAAACGCAAACAUGGCAUUAGGAUCGCCUCUAGACUGUAAGCUCGUUGCGGGCAGGGAACGUGUCUGCUAAUUCUGUUGUAUUGUACUCUCCCAAGCGCUUAGUACAGUGCUCCACACAUAGUAAGCGCUCAGUGAAUACGAGUGGCAAUUUUCCAUCCCAGUUGGGCUUUAGUUUACAUGCAGAGGGGAGAUAGUCACCUAAGCAGGGGCCUCUGCCCAGUCCCCCCAGUUCUUUCCCUAGCCUCCAUCCCUUUUGUUUGUCUUGAGAAAGCCCUUUAAUCGGAGCUGGGUUUUUUUCUGGUUCCCACACCUCUGACGCACCAUUCACCAAACCAACAAGUGCCUUCCUUCAUCAGCCACGUGUAUUAAAAAAAAAAUGAAAUAUGAUUUGUUCAAAGUAAUAAAGCGGAAACGUUACACUGUUUUAUACGCACUUUGUGCUUAAGGACACUUUCACUAAUAAAAGGCUAUAAAUCACCAGA